AUGGAGCGUGAUGCGCGCGAGCUGAAGCGUGAUGCGCGCGAGCUGAAGCGUGAUGCGCGCGAGCUGAAGCGUGAUGCGCGCGAGCUGAAGCGUGAUGCGCGCGAGCUGAAGCGUGAUGCGCGCGAGCUGAAGCGUGAUGCGCGCGAGCUGAAGCGUGAUGCGCGCGAGCUGAAGCGUGAUGCGCGCGAGCUGAAGCGUGAUGCGCGCGAGCUGAAGCGUGAUGCGCGCGAGCUGAAGCGUGAUGCGCGCGAGCUGAAGCGUGAUGCGCGCGAGCUGAAGCGUGAUGCGCGCGAGCUGAAGCGUGAUGCGCGCGAGCUGAAGCGUGAUGCGCGCGAGCUGAAGCGUGAUGCGCGCGAGCUGAAGCGUGAUGCGCGCGAGCUGAAGCGUGAUGCGCGCGAGCUGAAGCGUGAUGCGCGCGAGCUGAAGCGUGAUGCGCGCGAGCUGAAGCGUGAUGCGCGCGAGCUGAAGCGUGAUGCGCGCGAGCUGAGCAGGCAGCCAGGCAGAGCAGAGCGACAGCCGUCGGCAGCGGGCCAAGCAGCGGUGUGCUGCCUGCUCUGCCGGCCCGUUACCGAGGUCCCCCAUGCCUCCUCCACCUGCUUCUGUACCAUUACAGACGACACACCCAUCCUGGGCAUUAAUGCCACAAGCCCUGAAGGCCAGAGCAUCAUCUACACCAUUGUGGAGGGGGACCCCGCACUGCAGUUUGACAUUGGCUUCGACACCGGCGUCAUCAGCGUUAUCAACUUCCUGGACUACGAGGUCGCCGCCUCCUACCGGCUGACGGUCAGAGCCACAGACUCCCUGACAGGCGCCAGGGCGGAGGUCGAUGUAGACGUGACGGUUCUGGACGUCAAUGACAACUCUCCGGUGUUUGAGAAGAUGUCAUACCGGGCGGUCCUGUCGGAGACGGCGAUGAUUGGGACUCCGGCGCUGCAGGUCGUAGCAACCGACCGAGAUUCGGAGAAGAACAACGCGGUACGCUACCAGAUCUUCUCGGACGUCUACAACAGCACGGACUACUUCCACAUCGACAGCAGCAGCGGCCUCAUCCUGACCGCUCGCUUGCUUGACCACGAGCUCGUCCAGCGCUACGAGUUCAUUGUCCGGGCGACGGAUAACGGCUUCCCGCCUCUGAGCAGCGAAGUGUCAGUCACGGCCGUGGUUAACGACAUGAACGACAACCCUCCCAUCUUCAACCAGCUGCUCUACGAAGCGUAUGUCAGCGAGCUGGCACCCAGAGGCCACUUCGUCACCUGCGUUCAGGCGUCAGACGCUGACAGCUCAGACUUCGACAAACUAGAGUACAGCAUCUUGUCGGGAAACGAGAGGAUGAACUUUGUGAUGGAUGGGCAGUCUGGGAUCGUAACACUGUCGGGCCAUCGCAAGCAGAGGAUGGAGCCGACCUACAACCUGAACGUGUCUGUUUCUGAUGGCGUGUUCACCAGCACGGCUCAGGUCCACGUCGCGGUCCGGGGAGCGAACCUCUACAGCCCUGCAUUCGCCCUGAACACCUACGAGGGGGAGGUGCGUGAGAACGCACCUGUGGGCACCAAGGUCGCACAGGUGAAGGCGACAGACGCAGACCCAGGAGUAUUCGGACAGAUCUCCUACUCGUUCGCCAACGAAGUGGGCAAGGACCAGUUCAGCGUGGACGCCAGCGGGCAGAUCACCACCCUGGAGAAGCUAGACCGUGAGGAGCCAGAUAACAGGGACGUCACGCUGAGCGUGGUAGCCCGGGAUGGCGGCGACAGGGCCGCCUUCUGCACGGUGCGCGUCACCCUCCUGGACGAGAACGACAACAGCCCUCGCUUCAGAGCCAACGAGUACCGGGCGUCUGUUAAGUCGGACGUGGGGAAGGGCUACCUGGUGACCCAGAUCCAGGCGGUGGAUCCUGACGACGGGGCGAACGCCCGGGUGACAUACUCCCUCUACAGCGAGGCUCACGUCCCCGUGGUGGACAUCCUGGAGAUCGAUCCCGACAACGGCUGGAUGGUUACCAAGGGCAGCUUCAGCCACUUGCGCAACUCGGUGCUGUCGUUCUUUGUGAAGGCGCUGGACGGAGGAGUCCCGGUCAGACACUCACUGGUCUCUGUCUACAUCCACGUCCUGGCGCCCGAUGCACUCCUGCCGGCGUUCAGCCAACCGCAGUACUCCUUCUCUGUCCCCGAGGACACGCCCCUCGGCUCUGCCAUUGGGUCUGUUCGCCUUGUGGUCCCACCCUCUCUGACCUCUGUUCCCGUGUCGUUUGCCCUGGUGAACGGUGAAACCGGCGAGAACAACCAAGAUGGCGUCCUGGUGGUGGAGAAAGACACCGGGGUGGUUAAGGUGGACAAGCCCCUGGACCACGAGCUCAUCAAGGCCUUCUACUUCAAGCUGACGGCCACGCUGCCGCAGGCCAAGAUGGAUGCUGUCACCAGCGUGGACGUGGAGGUGCGGAUCCUCGACCUCAACGACAACAAGCCGGCGUUCGAGUCCAGCGCGUACGAAACCACUGUCAUGGAAGGGAUGCCCGUGGGGACCAGGAUCAUCCAGGUCCAGGCCUCCGACCCCGACUCCGGAGCCAACGGGCAGGUCACCUACAGCCUGGGGACGUCGGCCCAGGGCGAGGCUGAAGGCGCGUCCGCCGCUUUCUCCAUCGACAGCAACAGCGGCUGGGUCUCCAGUCUGAGGGAGCUGGACCACGAGACACACCCGUCCUACACCUUCACCGUGGUGGGCUCGGACCUGGGGGAGGUCCUGGCGUUGUCCUCCACCACCACAGUGCUGGUGGCCGUGUCGGACGCCAACGACAACCCUCCCCGGUUCGUGGAGGAGCGGUACUGGGGCUCUGUGCGGGAGAGCGACCCCCCAGGGGAGGUGGUGGCAGUCCUGAACACGCGUGACGACGAUAGCUCCAGCGUGAACCGGCAGGUCAGCUACCACAUCACAGGAGGGAACCCGCGGGGAGUGUUUGCACUGGGCCAGGUGCAGGGGGAGUGGAAGAUGUACGUGAAGAGGCCACUGGACCGUGAGGAGCAGGACCUCUACACACUUAACGUAACCGCUAGCGACGGACUCUUCGUCACCAGGGCAACGGUGGAGGUGGCGGUGACAGACGCCAACGACAACAGACCCGUUUGUGACCAGGCGCUGUACACAGCUUUGCUGCUGGAGGACGUGGCGGUGGGCCGGGUGGUGGUGAAGGUGGGGGCGUCCGACCCAGAUCUGGGGCUGCACUCCUGGCUGCAGUACUCCCUGCAGGGCCCAGGGGCCCUGGACUUCACCAUGGACCCUGACACCGGUGAGAUCCAGACCGCCGCCCCUCUGGACCGGGAGAAGACUCCGGUGUACCGGCUGGUAGCCCAGGCGAUAGACGGGGGUGGUCUGUGGUGCCGGUCUGUGGUGCAGCUCAGCCUGCUGGACGUGAACGACCACGCCCCAGUGUUCUCCCUGCCGCUGUAUGCUGCCAGCGUGUACGAACACACCGCACCCAGAGCCCUGCUCACACGCAUCCAGGCCAGCGACCCCGACGAGGGCUCCAGUCGCAGGGUACUGUACUCCCUGGCUGACUCUGCAGAGGGCAGCUUCUCCAUUGACCAGACGACGGGCAUCGUGGUUCUGGAGCGUUCCCUGGACCGCGAGCAGCAGCCAUCCUACCUGAUCACGGUGCGGGCCUCCGACCAGGGCUCGCCGCGCCUCUCCUCGCUGGCCAACGUGACCGUGACGGUGCUGGACAUCAAUGACAACCCCCCGGUGUUCUGGCGGCGCGACGCGCUGGCCAGCGUGGCGGAGGACGCGGCCGUGGGGGAGGAGGUGCUCAGAGUGCAUGCCGCCAGCAAGGACAUCGGCACCAACGCAGAGAUCACAUACAGCAUCCGCUCUGGGAACGAGCACGGGAAGUUCCACAUCCACCCUCUGACUGGAGCCGUCCUGGUAUCCAGCCGCCUGGACUAUGAGACCUGUAAAGACUACUUCCUGACUCUCGAGGCCACAGACGGCGGGACUCCGCCCCUCAGUGCUGUUACCACGGUGAACAUCAAUGUAACGGACGUCAACGACAACGCCCCCAUGUUCAGCCGGGACGCCUACGUUGCUGUGGUAGCGGAGGAUGCUGCCAUCGGGGAGCCCGUCGUCAAGCUGACAGCAGAAGAUGUGGACAGCCAGGUGAACGGGGAGGUGGAGUACUCCAUCGUUAGUGGAGACAGAGACAAACACUUCUACAUCAACCCUGUCACUGGCCUACUGAAGAUCAACAAGCAGCUGGACCGAGAGAUGGUGUCAGGGUACUCUCUCUCGGUCAGGGCCCAGGAUGGAGGCUCCGCCCCCAUGUUCUCCACUGUCACGGUCAACAUCGACGUCUCCGACAUCAAUGACAAUCCACCCACCUUCAGCCCGGCCAACCUCACUACCGUCAUCCAGGAGAACAAGGCCAUCGGCACCAGCAUCCUCCAGCUGUCCGUCACCGACCAGGACUCCACCCACAACGGUCCUCCGUUUGAGUUCCAUAUCCUGUCUGGCAAUGAGGGCGGAGAGUUCCUAUUGGAACGCGACGGGACUCUCGUAGCCAAUCAGGUGUUCAGGAGAGAGCUCGCCACGGAGUACGUCAUCAUGGUCCAGGUGAAGGAUUCUGGGAAGCCUCGCCUGUCGUCGUCGUCCACGGUAACGGUGCGUGUCAUAGAGGAGAGUCUGCACAGGCCCGUGGCGUUGCCCCUGGAGAUCAGCAUCGUCACUAUGGAGGACGAGUUCCCAGGCGGGGUGAUAGGUCAGCUCCAUGCCACCGACGCCGACCCGUAUGACGCGCUGGUGUUCGGCCACGCCCCCCCGGCCCAGCGCAGCCUCUUCAAGAUCAGCCCCCGUGACGGCCGCAUCAUCGCCCUGAGCGGGCUGGACGCAGGCCGCUACGCCCUCAACGCCACGGUGACGGACGGCCGCUUCACCGUGAGCGUGCCCGUGAGCGUGCACGUGCGGCAGGCCUCACUGGAGAUGUUGCGCCAGGCGGUGACCGUGCGCUUUGAGAGCGCCGCGCCGCACCACUUCGUUGCCACCUACCUCGACGCUGUCGUCCGGGUGCUGCGGGUCGCCGCUGAGACGCAGGGGAAGAGGGACGAGCUGCACGUGCUCAGUCUGCAGCCCGUGGGCGGAACGCAGCAGCUGGACCUGCUGGUCGCCGUGGAGACGGCGGAGGGAGGGUUCUACCAGGCGGCGUACCUGACGCAGAAGCUGAGCGCUGCCAGGAGGAGCCUGGAGCACCUGCUCAGGGUGUCAGCCAUCCUGGAGAAGAACUGCUCCGGCCUGGACUGCAGGGGGGGCCGCUGUGAGCAGAGCAUCCAGCUAGACUCACACCACCUGGUGGUCUACUCCACCCCCAGGAUCAGCUUUGUGUCUCCUCGCUUCCACCGCUCCGCCCGCUGCUCCUGCACAGACUCCAGCUGCCCCCCCUCGGGGCUGUGUGAGGGGCAGCCCUGCCCCGGGGACAUGCAGUGCGUGGCCUCCGGGGGCGCUGCCUCCGGGGGCGCUGCCUCCGGGGGCACGACUGGGCCCUACGUCUGCCAGUGCCCUGCUGGGAAGCUGGGGGAGUGUGCAGGCCAAGCGUCUCUCAGCUUCUCAGGGAACAGCUAUAUAAAGUACCAGGUGUCAGACGGCCUCAGAGGAGAGAUGAAGCUGGAACUACGAAUCAGAACCCUGCAGAGCCGAGGAAUCAUCAUGUACACACACUCUGACCCCUGCACCCUGCUCAAGCUGGAGGAGGGAAGGCUGUGGUUCCAGCUGGACUGUGGCAGCGUCCCUGGUCACCCUGGGGUGCCUGGCAACGCCUUGGGAGCGCUGGGCAUCUCAGGGCGGCCCGUCAACGAUGGGAAGUGGCACUCCGUCUCCCUGGAGCUGAACUCCAACUUCACCAGCCUGUCUCUGGACGAUAGCUACGUGGAGCGACGCCGUGGACCGCCCCGCAUGCUGCCUCUCGGCCCCGACGGAGCCAUCUACUUUGGAGCCCAGGUGCAGCCCCCGAACCCCAGCAGCCUGCUGGACAGUAAGACGGGUCCCAGGGUGCUGGAUGGGUUCCAGGGCUGCCUGGACUCUGUGGUGCUCAACAACAACCAGCUGCCGCUGCACAACAAGCGCAGCCGCUACGCCGAGGUGGUGGGUCUGACGGAGCUGAGGCUGGGGUGCUACCUCUACCCCGAUGCCUGCCUCGCCCUGCCCUGUCUCAACGGGGCCACCUGCACCAGCCUACCCUCUGGUGGUUUUGCGUGUAGUUGCAGCCUCCAGUACACCGGAGGGCGCUGUGAGACAGAGGUGACGGUGUGCAUUCCCAACCCGUGUCAGAACAGUGGCGUGUGUAAAGCCCUCGGCAAUGCCUUCCUGUGUGGCUGUAGACGAGGCUUCAGAGGGUUGACAUGCCAGGAGGAUGUGAACGAGUGUGAGCGGGGCUCUCCGGAAGGGGAGUGUGAGAACGGGGGUGUGUGUGUGAACACUCACGGCUCCUUCUACUGUAACUGCUCCCUGGGCUUUGUGGGGCAGCGCUGCGGGCUGCGUCCCGUGGUGGUGCCCGACAUGCAGGCUGGCCACGCCCUGCUGGGGAAGGAGGAGCUUAUUGGCCUGGCUGCCGUGCUGCUCGUCAUCAUCGUCCUGAUCGUUCUCUUCAUUGCGCUGAGGAAGAAGGUGUUCCAGAAGAACUACUCCCGUAACAACCUGUCCCUGGUGCAGGACCCGGCCACGGCCGCGCUGCUCAACAAGGCUAACGGGCUGCAGUUCUCGGCACUGCGCUGCUCUCCGGCCGACAGCCUCAACUUGUACGCAGAGGCGGGGCUGGGGCUGGGGGCCGGGGGCCCCCCCCAGGUGCCCGUCAGGCCGAUGGCGUACACGCCAUGUUUCCAGGGCGACCCGCGCACAACACUGGACAAGAUGGCGGACGGGCGGGGGGCGGAGCUGACGGAGAUGACCACCUUCCACCCUGAGUCGCCACGGAUACUGGGCACCGGCGGGCGCAGGGGCGUGGUGGUGUGCAGUGUAGCACCCAACAUGCCGCCCGUGUCGCCAUGCCGGUCUGACUGUGACUCCCUCCGCAAGAGCCCUUGGGACGACGAGGGUAAGAUGGUGGAAAUGGGCGAGGAGGUCACCUGUUUCUCCGGGAGCAACAAAGGAAGCAGCUCCGAGGUCCAAUCAUUGAGCUCCUUUCAGUCCGACUCCUGCGAUGACAACGCCUCCAUAGUUACCGUCAUUCGACUGGUCAAUGAUGCUGUCGACACGAUCGAAAACGAAGUGUCAGUCAUGGACCAAGGUCAGAGCUACAAUAGAGCGUACCACUGGGACACGUCUGACUGGAUGCCCAGCACACGGCUCCCUGACAUCCAGGAGCUGCCCACCCACGAGGGGGCCCCGGGGGGCCAGGGGGCCCCGGGGGGCCAGGGCCCUGGGUCGGCACAGCUGGGGAGCAGCAGCCGGGAGCUGGAGACUGAUUACUACCUGGGGGGCUACGACAUUGACAGCGACUACCCCCCCCCUCACGAGGAGGACUUCCUGGGCCAGGACCAGAUGCCCCCGCCCCUGCCCCUGCCCCUGGAGGAGGACUACCAGGAGCCCCCCUACGACACGCUGCCCCCCUCCCAGACCCCCUCCCAGACCCCGUCCACCCAGAGCACCCUGAGCGGGAGGGGCGUCCACUCAGCACGUCCAGACUUCCACCCCAGCCAGUACCUGCCCCCCCACCAACCUCCUCAGGGGGGGGAGGAGUUCAGCCCACUUCUGGUAGGGGGAGGGGUGCCCGCGGGCAGCGUGGGGGAGGAGGGCUCUUUGAGGCUUUCGGGCGGAGCCUGGUCGGCCUCGGACGCCUCCACGCCGGUGCUGGAUGACUCAGCGAGCAGCGACCUGGACAGCCUGGAUGACACGCACCGUGGCAAUACCAUCACCAUGGAGACGCCGCUGCGCCGCGGUGACACCGUCACCAUGGAGACACAGCUGCGCCGCGGUGACAUCGUCACCAUGGAGACGCAGCAGCAGACCGAGGUGUAGCCUCACCGUGACCCUGUCGAGGAGACACUGGGGGAGGGGAGGGGGGGGGAGAGCGGGGGGGUGGGGGGGGGGAGUGACGGGGAAGCAGGUAGUACUCGAGAAAAGAGAGCAGAGAAGUAAGUGAACAGCCAGGCUGAGAAGAGAACCUUCUGGAGAUGAACCUUCAGACAUAAAGAAGUUAGAAUGGAAAAGAGGAUAAAGAUACAGAAUGUUAAAGUGAAGGUAGAAAACAAGGACAAUCACCCCCUUAUCUAAUACCCCCCACCUCCAGGCCAAGCACACUGAACUCUACAACCCUAACCUGCUCAGAGCUUGUACAGAAUGUGAGACAGUAUGAAUCCAGUAUCAGGAUGAAAGGGAUGACAAUACUAGUGCAAUCAAAUCUGCCUGGGUCCGUAUUCCAAGAAAAUCAUCUGGACUUAUUACUACCCCAACCUCUCCCGACCCCACCUUGACCUCUUCUGACCACACCCUGACCCCACCCUGACCUCCCACCCUGACCCCAGCCCGACCCCACCUUGACCUCUUCUGACCACACCCUGACCCCACCCUGACCUCCCACCCUGACCC